CAUCCCUCUUCUGAGGUGUGGUUGUCUUCCAUAUAAAAAUAAGGAUCUCUUCGUCUGAUCAACCACUACAACAUUUCCUUCAAUACAAGUCACGACGAUGGCUCUUCUUUCCAUUAUCGGCCUGCUCGUCCUUCUUGGACUGGCUUAUCUAAUGUUCACAAUCGGUUCUCGCAGCAGCAAGAUGCCUAGUGGACCACCAACUCUUCCUCUGAUUGGCAACCUCCACCAAAUACCCCUCAAGAAUGCACACCUAAAAUUCACAGAAUGGGCCAAGACUUACGGUGGAAUCUACACCCUCAAACUUGGCCCUGGCAACAUGGUAGUCCUGACGGACCGCCGCCUAAUCAAGAAUCUCAUCGACAAGAAGUCCUCCAUUUACAGCAACCGGCCUCCAUCCUACGUCGGCAAUGGAAUCAUCACCGGUGGUGAUCAUCUUCUAGUCAUGCAGUAUGGCAAUACAUGGCGAGCAUUCAGGAAGCUUGUGCACCAGCAUUUCAUGGAGAGUAUGGUCGUGAACGAACAUACGAAACUCGUUGAUGCGGAGGCUGUACAGAUGUGUAGGGAUUUUAUGGUUCUGAAUGGGGAUGGAAUGCAUAUGAAGCAUCCGAAGCGGUUUAGCAACUCUGUUGUAAUGAGUAUACUUUUUGGCAUUAGAACGCCACGAGUUGAUACGCCACACAUGACAAAGUUGUAUGAUAUGAUGGAAGUUUGGAGCAAGGUGAUGGAAACCGGUAACACACCACCUGUCGACAUCAUACCAGCACUAAACUAUAUCCCCGAAAGCUUUCUGGGAAACUGGAAAACGAGAGCAAGAGAUGUGAACAAGGUGAUGAAUCAAUUGUACGCACAAUACCUAGACAUCGUGAUCCGUCGGCGAGCGAGGGAUAUCCACAAAGACUCUUUCAUGGAUCGGGUCCUGGACCAGAAUGAGAAGUUGGAGUUUAGUCGGCAUCAACUUUACUUUCUUGGCGGGGUGAUGAUGGAAGGUGGAAGCGAUACCAGUUCAUCUAUCAUCAUUGCUUUCAUUCACGCCAUGACGAGAUGGCCGGAGGUGAUGAGAAAGGCGCAAGCUGAGAUUGAUAAAGUGAUUGGUGAAGACAGGACUCCAACGUGGGGAGAUUAUGAGAACCUGUCGUACGUGGCUGCGACUGUGAAAGAAGCCAUGAGAUGGAGGCCUGUGGUUCCACUUGCAUUUCCACAUUGCUUGGCGGAAGAUGAUUGGGUCGAUGGCAAGUUCCUCACCAAAGGCACAACGGUCUUGAUCAACGCUUGGGGCAUGCACCAUGACGAGAAACGCUUCCCCAAUCCAGAAGUCUUCGAUCCAGACCACUACCUAGGCGUGACGAAAUUGGCACCUGAACUUGCCGCAUCGGCGGACUAUGAAGAGAGAGAUCAUUAUGGAUACGGGUCCGGGAGAAGGAUGUGUCCCGGAAUCCAUCUUGCAGAGAGAAACUUAUUUCUCGGAAUGGCCAAGCUGCUUUGGGGUUUCAACAUAACGCCUGGAAGAGACGAAACCGGAAAGGUGAGGAACAGUGAGGAGGUCGAUGUGGAUCCGAUCAGAGCAUAUAGCGAAGGAUUCCUGGUUUGUGCGCAUCCGUUCAACUGCGAGUUCACUGUCAGAAGCGAGAAGAGGAGGGAGACAAUUAUGAAAGAGUACGAAGUCGCUGAGCGGGAUAUAUUUUCAAAGUAUGCGUCAGGCUAGCAGAUAUCAAUGCCUCAUUUGAGAGCUGGCUUCCACUUCACCACGAAUUCUUCAACUGCUUUCGCAUACCUCUCGAUAUGUUCCUCGUUCAACUCAAUGUUCAGUGCCAUGAACCCUCUCUGCGCCAUGUAGAUCCCAUGAUCCAGCAUAUGAUGCCAAUACAG